AUGCCACAGAGGCCUCAUUAUCUCCCCAUCCAGUACCGGAGGUCAGUGUUUGGGGAUAAUUUGGGUUUAAAGAAGCAGCAAGGCACCCAGUGCCCAUCUGCCACCUCUCCCAGAUCUUGGCUCCCCAAAGGGAAGUCAGCACCAGUGUCUGACCAGCAGUGGGGUCAAGAAAGGAGCGACUCCCUGGGGGUGAGUGGGGGAGAGUCAGUGAGUGAAAUGCCAAGGGAAUCAGGAGGACACUUCGGCUGGAACGAAACAGACAGGCUGGGAGCAGGAAAUGGAAUCAGCACAAGGUGCAUUGUUGCAAAAGACACUUUCUUGUCAUCUCUCUGA